AUGGGGCCUAUGGAACCCAUAAGGGAAAAUACUGGUUUCCUGAUAGCUCAGUAUCUUCUUGAAGGCCGAAUAUGGAGAAAGGCGAUUGAAGAACUGAUUGUCGCAAUGAAGCAGCCUGCAAAACUGAUUAUGGACUGGAUUCUAGCCAUCAACACCAGAAGUGUCUGGUGGAUGUGUAAUAGCGGGGGACUCUCGCUUGAGUUUAUCACCGAAUGUUCCAGCAACCCGAGCAACAGACAAAGAGGUGUCUUCGGGUCAAUCAAUGUGUUGUUGGGUUGCGGUGGGGUGGGAUCUCUUGUUGACUGCCCCAUCAACGACCACAUCACUACAAUGUUCAUCCUCAGCAGCUUGAGAUCCUUCAUCUGCCAACACCCUACGCUCGAGCUCCGGGGCCUUUCGUCUCUGCACACUCCUGGCAGUUGUUCCUCCCCCCAGUAG